AUGCGAUCCGUCGGCGGCGGCACCGGGGCGCCGGGCACUGGGGCUCGGCCUCCGAAGCAGACCGCCCCGUCGGUCUCUUUCCAGCCUCCGCCCGUGCAGGCCGGCGCGCUUCAUGCGGCGCUUGUUGCCUUUCGCACCGAAACGGCCAAGACCAAAGGUAUCCUUGCUUACCACGUUUUCACCAACAAAGAGCUGGAUGCUAUCGUCGCCCGCCGGCCUUGCAAAAUCGAGCGGCUUCAACUCAUCGACGGCUUCGGCCGUGGCAAAGUCCGGGACUACGGAACCGACAUUGUGCGCAUCUGCGUGGCGCACUCCGAGCCGGCAAUCGAGACAGAAGCACCGCCGCCAGGCGGAGGCCCUACCAAGACGCCGGGCAACGCGAAGAAGCGGAAGUUUGAGACGCCCGGCACCCGCGCAGCCAGUGCACUUGGACCGGGCGGUCCAGGUUCCUCUUCGGCUCGAUUGGCGGCGACGACGCCGGUCGAGGCCGCAAAGCGGUGCGACAUCUUUAAGCGACUCGGCGAUCUGGGGUUGGGAAACGGCUAA